UGCUCCGUUUCCUCCCCGCCCCUUUUAGAGCAUGUAAGCUAACGGUGUGUUUGUUGUUGUUUUUCUCAUUUCUUCUUUAAAAACGUGGGACGUCAAAACAAAAAUGGACUCAAAGGGACCCUCUCUUUAUGCACCCCCAGGCAACUCAGUAGAUAUGUCACGGAGCACAGAGGAGGACUCUCUGGUGGACGGACCUCUCAUCUCUGCGGACGCCCUCCACUCUGCCAUCAGGAGAGAGUUUCAGACCAUACCAACACCCUGCCAUGCCGUCCUGCUCUCUCUGCUGCAUGUUGUGUACGUGGUGUUGUCAAUGUGUGUGGCCGUGCUGUGUGUGUUGGAGUUCGGGCAACCGGAGGUGUGUUUGAGUAUUUUGGGUAACGUGCGAGGCGACAGCGUCAUCGUGUUCGGGAAGGUGUGUUUAUGGGUGCUGGUGCUGCUGUUCACCGGGUGUGUGCAGCACCACCACAGCCAGGCCAGGAGCAGAGGAUACCUCCGGUUCUACAGACAGACGCAGGGACUGAAGCAUCUGCCGCUCACCGUGCACUCUGCAGGAAACGUUAUGCUGUUGGUUGUUCUGGCUGUGCGAUUAUCGCCGAAUGUGCAAACCUACAUGCUGCUCAGCGUCCUUGGGUUGGAGCUCUUGGUUGCAAUGCCGUGCCUCGUCUAUUACACAGUCCAAGUGAUGCGGUUCAACAGGGAGCGAGCUGCACCAGAUGUGAGCCAAGAAGAGCAUUCACUCACCUACAGUGUCACAGGUCUGCCGAGGGAGACCGGCUUCAGAGAGGGCUCCAGUCUGCAGGACGUGGUGGAGAAACAGGCCGACCUGAUCGAGUACCUGAAGCAGCACAACACCUUACUGAGCAAGAGGCUGCUCAACCUCACCGCUCAGCACUGACCACAGCCCGGCCUCCUCCUCCUCCUCCACCUCCACCACCACCUCCUCCCUCUGAACCAGGAACCUGAUUCAUUUCAACACUCCGCUCUCUCAACACAAAGGAGAUGGAGGAUCUGUGGGAUUGAGAGAGAUGACGAGAGGCAAGAAGAAACACUGGAUAAAAGACUAAAAGCGAAGGAAACCCCUGUGCACACUAACAUGAGAUGGGAGGGGCUUCUCCACGAGGCACCUGAAGAUGGACAGAUAAACGCAGGAGGAGGUGAGCUGUAAGUGGAGGACAGUAAAAAGAGGUGAAGUGGGAGGAGGAGGAGGAGGAGGAGGAGGAGGUGGAGAGCAGUCACGGGUCACAGAUCAGAGGGGAGGGGGGGAUUUUAUCACCGUGUUUCAACCUCCGGUGACCCGCGUAUGCUGCCGCCGCUUGAGAGAGAAACAGAAGAGGUGAAAUUGUUUUAGAGAUCAUCUGCACUAAGGAGGAGCUGAGAGAUGCUGAGAUAAACGAGGGAGAGGGUUCCACUCAUCGGGGUCAAACAAGAGGGAAACGAUUGUGUGUAACGCUGUAAAUGUCCGUGAGUGGUAUUUUAUCCGUCUGAAUGUGUAAAUGCUUCGUUUGGUAGCAGUUUUUUCUAUUUGUUCAAUCACUGAGUUUGUGUAUCUGUGAUCAGAUUCCAAUAAAUAUGUAAUAUACACA